UGUUAUAACAUAACAGGAAAACAGUUCUACAAUUAUCGAGGAUUUUUGAAGUAUAUGUGCCUGGAUUUCAGACUGUCUUGUUACGUCGUUCAUUGGAUAUUCCUUGCCGUCAUAUUAUUUUUGUUCAAAACGCGUUUCUACACGUCUUUUCGUCCAAGGUAACGUAUUCGGUUGUAUGAAAUACUUGAAUGCGGUGAAGCAUGAAUAGUGCUCUCGGCCUUAUAUAGGGAGUGUGUAGCGAUGAGCAGAACAAUAGAAAUCGACAACUGAUAUGGCGGUAGUCGGUGAUAAAAGGGAAAUAAUGCGUAUUUAUGAAUUCAUGUCAGCUUUAAGGUUUACAACCUUCUAUACAUGCAGAAACAUUCGUCUGCUACUAAUGCAAUAUUACUUGUGUUUAAACAAGGUCUAUACAACAAUUAUAUGCUCAAUAAGUAAUGAUAUUUACAUGUUUUCAAUGAUUUAAAAGAGUAUACAGAGCUUUCAUUGAUAACGUCACCUGAGUACGAAAAAAAUCUUGUUUCGUUAUCUUUACAAACAUCCGAGCUAGGCCGACAAAAUGUAUGUUACGAGAGAAUAAUAAGACGUAAUAAGUAUACAUAACAUUUUCUGAAAAUCCAUUCACCACGGGUCAAUAAACGUCAGGUGGUAUAAGGUAAACACGGAACUAAAGAACUAUCUCGAAGGAUUUUAAACUUUAAAUAAAGAUGCCAAGACAAUACACAUUUGCAUACCGAAGAAGUAAUCCACACCAGUUUCCUCAUUUUUGUGGCACAUGCGUACCACAACGCCGAUUUCUGCUUCCUUCACAUAAAGAACAGCAUGAUCAUGAUAAACAUGGAAUUUCAAUACCAACCACAUCACCUUUUUUUGACUACUCCUUACCGCGAUCGCUUCCCAGCUUCGGUUUGUCUGCUUCCUCCUCCUCAUUGAGCUCUAUUACAGCAGAUAAACUGAACACAUUCGUUCUGAAAGAAAUUGAACCAGACACGACUUAUAACCAGAGUUGUAGAGCUGUGGUCGAUCGGCUUUGUCAGUUUAUGCAAAACAGCUUUCCAGAUCAACUGAGACCAUCGGGAGUUAGAAAGGGUGGGUCACUAGGAAAAGGAACGGCAGUUAAAGGGAAGUCUGAUGCAGAUCUUGUUGUUUUCUUAGCAAGUUAUCAUACCAUAUCAGAGGUUCGACACAAUCUUAGGGAUAUUUUUGCUCGGAUGAAAGUGUACCUCGGUACAUACGGCGGCUGUUACAUCGAAAGAACAACACCACACGCAGUGCAAGUGACCGUAACUUGUCAUGGUCACUCUCACGAUGUCGACAUACUUCCAAGUGCAGAUAUAUUAAGAUACAAUUCCAAAAAUGCCAUUUAUACAGAAAUGGAGACCUGUUUGCCUAAAGCAAGAACAUAUUAUUCUGCCGCCCUCUCUCCACUUCAGGUUGAGUUUGUCUCUGGGGUUCCAACAAAAGUCAAGACAUUGAUUCGCUUGAUCAAAUACUGGAAAAAAACAGAAUUUAAAGAGAGUACUGUUGGUCAGAGAUUACCAUCGUCCUACGUAUUGGAACUAAUAGUCAUCGGGGAAUGGGAAGAUGCCGGGAGCCCUCAAAACUUUAAUCUCUGCAAAGGAUUCUUCCAUGUUUUGAGAGCUAUUACUAACUACAGCCGUAUUAGACACGCAUGGAUUAAGAAUUAUAGUACCAACUAUGUCAGUGGUCCAUAUUAUGUGGUGGAUCCGGCAAAUCCUUUUAACAACGUGAUGGAAUCCUGCGAUUGGGAUAAGGUAGCAGAAAAAGCAAGAGUAUUUUUGCGGUCACCAUUAUUCCAAGGACUAUCAGCUUUGAAUGGAUGGAUGUAAAACUUUUACCAAUUCAAUUUGCAAAGAAAUAAUGUCCUACCUUACUCAGAAACGUUAGCUGUUGUUUGAUAAAUAACAAACUGAAUAAAAAUGCUUGAUAUAAAAGACAACCCACUAAUGCUAUGAAAUUAUACCAUUAAUGUUAAAAAUGUACAGGUAACUCUUGAUGGCUCGAAUUUCGAUCGCUCGAAGUUCUUGAUCCUUGAAGUGAGUCUCCAGUCCUGAUUUUUUCCACAUAUAAUUAAGCAAAUUUACUCUUGAUUUCUCAAACUCUUGGUCUCUCAAAACCCAUCAAAGUUAAUCUGCAGUCCCGUUAUUCAUAAUAUAUUGUUUUUUACCCUCGAUACCUCGAAGUGUCUGUGUAUAUGCAAGCGUUACCUUUAAUUAACAUUCACACUCGGUCAUUGAAAUGGUUCAGAGCGCUAGACGCGUGACCUGGUAAAGGAUUUUUUUUCCAGACGCUUGCCCUACUAUUAAUGAUCGAUGAUUGACAAUACCGUUACAUAUGAUUUUUUUCGUUUGAGGGACGAAUUAGACAGAAAUCAAUUUCUACUUGGUAUAAUAAUGAAUUAAUUAUCCGGAUAUAUAAGGUUUUCAUUCGAAUACCUGUUUGUGUCACCUGGUUCUUAAGAACCGGUUUAUUAGCAAGGCUAUAUAAAGAAUUGCUCAGGUGUUAAAUACCAGUUUAGGACGACACGUACAGCGGAAAGUUUAAAUUUUCAGAAUUGUUUUAUUAAAAUAAAUAAAUCAUGUGAUCCAACUUUAUGCCAUUAUUAUGCGUGUGUACGUUUAAUAUGCCAAAUAUUAAAUAGCUGCAGCGUGUCGUUGCUAAUUCCACACAAUGUGUUGUUAUUUACUAUAGUAUCAUAGUAUCCAGCUUUCAUUUGGAAAGUAAUGAAUGGAUUUAAAGGAGAACUAAUCUACAAUCAACAUCGACCGUCUCUCGAUAAUUUGGAGACGUAGUGAAACUGAAAAAGAAAUAGUUUUAAGAUAAAACGAUGAUUUUGAGCAAAAGCCAAAGAUCUCUGAAUCAUAAAACUUCAGAAAUUAUGCAUCAUAUAUCGGCAUCAUUGUCAUUAUAACGAUUAUCGCCUGAAGUCACAAGUUUUUACAGCUGGCGCUGGACCCGUACAGUGGUCGAUUCUCGGUUAUUUGGUUUACGACAAGACCUUUUGCAAUCCGAUACGUAUUAUUCACGAUACUGAUACUGGGGAAUCUGAUCAAAAUAAAUAAAUGUCAUAAUUUUAUUCAAUGUUUCUAUUUAGUUUUUAAAAGUCCAGAUAAGUAUAUUUAACAGGAAAAAAAGUUGUAAAAGCACAUACGUAAGGUAAGCAUUAAGGUAAAUUGCUGGAUCAUGACAUCCAUUAAGACUAAAUUUAAAGCCCGUCGGUCAACCCGGAAAAUUCUGAAUUCUUAAAAACAUAAAAAUUAAUAGCAAAGAGUUGAAUGUUGUUUAUAUGAAUUUGUGAAAAAUAUACUGGUCAAAGAGGUUGUUUAAAUAGAAUAAAAAAACAUUGUUAUUGUGUUGCUAAAAUUGUGGUAAAGAUUGGUGAUAUUUUAUUAUCCGUUGUAAAAUUAGGAAAGAAAACUAUUUUUAAAGUUAACUUUAAGAAUCACCUGUGCAUUACACAUGUGUUACGUGUAUUAAUGUAUUUCACCCUUACUCAU